ACUGUUGUCUGCCUCAGUGCUGUUGCUGUGUAUUGUAAACUCACUUCCCCAAAUCAGUUUCGUUUCAUAUUCAAACGGAAAGCCAUAUCUACUCCGAUUUUGAGGAUUCUUGAUCAGCAAGAAUUACUACAUAGAUCAAAGUACAGUAGAACAAGUAGGCUACAGUGGCUGUGACACGACAAUAGUUAGCUUGUAACAAAAUAACUUAUUAGCAGAGAAGGACUUUUACCAUUUGGACACAGUGGUAGAUCUAGAUGUCUAGGCUGUCGAGGCAAUUCAACUUAUAUUUGGUUUCAUAGAGCAAAUGCCGUUUUUGAAGACAGGACACUUUUAGUAAAUGACUGAAACAAAAUGACUGGAAAAUAUAAUGAAAAACUCUUCAUUUUGGACGGAGGUCUGUCGACAGAACUGGAAGCAGCUGGGUUUAAAAUACAGGGCGAUCCACUGUGGAGUGCUAGACUCUUGCACACAAACCCUAAGGCUGUCGUGGAUGCACAUUAUAGAUUCCUCAGUAGCGGUGCUGAUGUCAUCACAACAGCUACAUACCAAGCCAGCAUAGAAGGGUUUGUGCAACACCUGAGCCAAACUCCUGACCAGGCUGAGCAGCUGCUGAGGUCAGGGGUGCAGCUGGCUAAGAAGGCCGUCAGUGACUUCACAUCUGAUAACUUUCCAUCAGAGCGUAAGCAGCCUUUGGUGGCAGGUUCUGUGGGUGCCUAUGGUGCAUAUCUUCAUGAUGGGUCUGAAUACACUGGAGCCUAUGAAGCUGGCAUGAGUGUUGAGGAGCUGAAAGCCUGGCACCGACCUCAGGUUCAUGCCUUGGUUGCUGCUGGUGCUGAUCUUAUCGCCAUGGAAACUAUACCCAGUUUUAAAGAGGCAGAGGCUUUAGUGGAACUGCUGAGAGAGUUUCCGGACACGAAAGCCUGGCUGUCCUUCUCCUGUAAGGAUGCACAAACUAUUUCAAAUGGGAAGAAAUUUAGUGAGGCUGUGGAAAAGGCCUGUACAUCAAAGCAGCUGGUUGCUGUAGGGGUGAACUGCUGUCCCCCCGCACUGAUCAAACCUUUUCUAGAGUCUGUUGGGGCACACAGGAGUCCUGACAUCAGCUGGAUAGUCUACCCCAACAGUGGAGAGGGCUGGGAUCUUGUUACUGGGUGGAAAACCUCAAAGGAGACACAGUCUUUUGCUUGGCAGGCACAGGAGUGGGCAGCUCUGGGUGCCUCUUGGAUAGGAGGAUGCUGCGGUGUGGCUCCUGCUGAUAUUGUGGAGCUGAGAGGCCAACUGCUUGGCACACAGCGAUAACAAGCUGCUCACAGGGUGCAACAAGAACAUGAGCGUGAUCAGUGAUUUUUUUUGUCUCCAGUGAAAUUACACUGUUAUCAAUGUGCACGAUCAUGGAAUCUUUCCAUUUGUCAUUAAUGUCACCACUGAUAUGUAUACGAAGUUGUAGAAAUAUUUAUUUAUAAAUAAAGGAAAACUACAGUAA